AUGACUGCAUUCGGCAUUCCGCUGACCACAUUCGAUCGACUAGUGCCAGUGCGACAACUCGAUCUACUCGGAUUACUACUUCUUACUGUUACAACAAUUACAUAUUUAAAAUGUCGCCUCCAAAGAGCAAAUGCUGAAUGUAUUUUAAAAAACAAACAAACUACUGAAACUAGUCAUGUUGUCCUUUCCAAAACCGUUGUACAAGAUACCGAAUCGGAGACAGAGGAAUGUGUACAUGAUCCAAAUUUGUUUACCGAAAAAUCAGUGGUUUUAAAACGAACUAUUAUUGAUGCGUUCAACCGAAUCAGCUCAUACGCAGAGGGUGGUUUCAACCACAGGAAGAUUACUAUGUGUUUACUUUACUUCAUUUGUAAAGAUUAUCGGUCUUUUGCGGUUGUAGAAGGAGAAGGGUUUAAAAGAUUAAUUAAAGAAUUGGCGCCAUCUUAUAAGAUUCCUUCAGUUACAACGUUGAAAAUCACUCUGGAUAAUAAAUAUGCGGUCACAAAGGGAAUAUUGAAAAGUUGUUUGUUGGCAGCACCACAUGUCAGUAUAACUUUUGAUGCGUGGACUGAGACAAUGAAUGAAAAAAGUUUCCUUGGUGUGACAGUACACUACCUUAAAGAUAUUUCUCUCAAAUCACAUUGUUUGGCGGUUUCAGAACUGAAAGAAAGACACACUGCACAAUAUUUAAGUGACAUUAUUCAAAAAAUUCUUUCAGACUGGCAAAUUGAUAACAGUAAAAUUGUUACUGUUGUAACAGACAAUGGUGCAAAUGUAGUUGCUGCCGUUAGUAAAACAUUUGGUAAGAGCAGACAUACCCCAUGUUUUGCUCAUACCAUUAAUUUAGUAUCAACGCAUACAGUUGGUCAUCAAAAUAUAAAACCUAUUAUAUCAAAAGUUCGAGAAAUUGUAAAAUGGGUGAAAAAUAGUGUCAUAAACAGCGACCAAUUGAGAAAAAAACAGGCUGAAGCUGGAGUUCCUGAAGGAAAAUUCAAAAAAUUAAUUUUAGACGUUGCAACACGAUGGAAUUCGGUUUUUUUCAUGAUUCGAAGAUUUUUAGAAAUGGUGUCUUUUCUAAGCCCAAUUCUACUAAACGAUAUAACUGCGCCUAGUAUGCCGACUGCCAUAGAAAUGAAUAUCCUUCGACAACUACUUGAGUUACUACAACCAUUGGAGUUUGUCACAAAAGAAUCCUCUGGGGAAAAUUACAUAACCAUUUCAAAAGUGAUUCCCAUGAUUAGCUGCUUACUAAAACAACUGGCCCAAAUCCAGCCAAGAUGUGAUGUGUCGUCUGAUAUAAAAGAUGUGUUGCAUGCAGAAAUAGUUCGUAGAUUUGGACUGAUUGAGCAAGUUAAACCGAUCGCCAUUGCCACGAUUUUGGAUCCAAGAUUUAAAAAUCUUCAUUUUACCGAUCCAGUCGCUUGUUCAAGUGCGAUGGCAGAACUUAGAAGACUAUCUAAGCCAGAUAUAUCAUCCAGUGAAUCGGAAGGGGAGGUGACCACUUCUUUAGAAAAUGAAGAAAGUUAUGAUUUUUGGGCUCACCAUAAAAUGUUAGCUCACGGCCAAAAAAAGAAAAAAUCAUCUUCAUUUGCAAAUGAUGAAUUAUCUUUAUAUCUUUCAAACCCCGUAUCUCCACUGAAGUCCAAUCCUCUAGAGCUAUGGGAAGAUAUGAAAACUGUUUUCCCUAUGUUAUACAAACAGGCAAGGAUAUCUUUUACUAUGGUUGCAACGUCGGUUCCAAGCGAAAGACUGUUUUCCAAAGCUGGAGGAGUUAUGACUAAAACAAGAAAUCGUCUAACAGGUUCUCGUUUAGAGAAAAUAUUACUGUUAGCAGAUUUACCUGAAGACCAAUGGUUUUGA